CAGCCUUCUUUCUCCAUUCCCAUAAUUUCUCAGGCUAGGUUUUAGAAGGGAUUCAAUCCUAAUCGUAACACAUAAUCAGUAGCUUAGCCACGCCUAUCAAUGUCGUCGGCGGACCGGUUGGACUUUAAGGCCAACGAGCUUCUGAAAGAUGUACAGUUCGACUACUCCCCUGAGUUCACUCAGCUUGUCAACGACACCGUUUCCGGAAUUAAAGCUUCCAUUGAUGGAAUACCUGAAGACUCGCAGAUUACGGCGGAUGUUGUUCCUGGAUUUAUCAGAGACAUUGGUGCCGACAAAGUGGAAUUCAGGUUUAAGAAACCAAGUUCGAUUGAGAUAGGUGGAAGUUAUGCUAUGCGUUGCAUGGUGAAACCGGAUAUAACUGUUGAUCUUUUCAUCCGUAUGCCUAAGGAAUGUUUCCAUGAAAAGGAUUAUCUCAAUUAUCGCUACCAUGGAAAGAGGUGCCUUUAUCUUGGGAUCAUCAAGAAGCACUUGAAUCUUUCUUCUAUAGCUGACAGGGUUGAAUGGUCCUAUUUCCAGAAUGAAGUCAGAAAGCCUCUGUUAAUUUUAUAUCCAGCUGCGAAGCUGGCUGAACUACCUGGAUUUUGUAUGAGGAUAAUCCCAACAGUGACAUCUGUAUUUGAUGUUACAAAGUUGAGCUUGCAGCGGAACAAUAUUCGCGCUCUAAAUGAAGGAGAUGCGCUUCAACCUACGCCAAAAUACAAUAUUAGUAUACUUGAGGACCAUUGUAUAGAGGGGACUUAUGAAUUCAUCAAGAAAACAUUCUCAGGAUGGAAAGAACUAGGUGCUGCUCUGAUUUUGCUAAAAGUUUGGGCUAGGCAAAGAAGUUCCAUAUACACCCAUGAUGGAUUGAACGGAUUCCUAAUAUCUGCUAUAGUAGCAUACCUUGCAACAAAAUCUGGAAAGAACCGGUUUAAUUCUUCAAUGAGUGCAAUGCAGAUGUUUCGUGUUACAAUGGACUUUAUUGCUACUUCAAAGGUAUGGGAUAGUGGUCUCAUUUUUCAUCCUCAAGGAAAGAGCAAGGUGUUAACUGAGGAGAUGAAGAAGGCAAUGUCAUCAUUUCCAGUUGUUAUGUUGGAUUCUUCAUCUGGCAUUAAUUUCGCAUCACGCAUGACCAAAAAUGCUUUUCUGGAGCUAAGAAGCGAGGCUGCUCUUGCACUUACUUGCUUUAAUAAGUGUAGAGACAGUGGAUUUGAUGAGCUUUUCAUGAGCAAACUUGACUUCCCUGCUAAAUACGAUUACUGUAUUAGAUUAAACUUGAAGGGAGCUUCCAAAGAAUAUAAAACAGGAUUUUGCCUCGAUGAUGAAUGUUGGAGGUUGGUUGAGCAGGAGGUUCUUGCACUCAUGCAUGAAGCAUUUGAUGAUAGGGCAAAGUUCAUCCGUGUUCUUUGGAGAAAUACCAUUUCAGGAGGAAGCUUAGAAAGUGGUGUCUCGAUGUUUGAUAGAGAGCCAUUAUUUAUUGGGAUUUUAGCUGCAGCCCCAGAGAAAGCUUUGAGAGUGGUUGACAUAGGUCCAAAUGCUGACAAUAAAGACGAGGCAGUCAAGUUCAGAAAGUUCUGGGGAGAUAAGGCGGAACUUCGUAGGUUUAAGGAUGGCCGAAUUGCAGAAAGCACUGUCUGGGUAUGCAAACCUUGGGAACGACAUUUAAUUAUAAAAAAGAUUUCUGAGCAUAUUCUGGGGAGGCAUCUCUCUUUGUCAAAAGAAAAUAUUACAACUGUUGCAGACCAACUUGAUUUUUCUCUUCUUUAUGGAGCUGAAGAUCCAAUAGCUUUUUCCGCAAGUUUAAUGGAGGCAUUUGAUAUCCUAUCAAAGCGUUUACGUCUUCUUAGUGACAUUCCGUUGAAGAUAACAAGCGUACAGCCUCUAGACCCAGCUUUCAGGCACACAUCUGUCUUCCCACCUGAGCCUCAUCCUGUAGCUGUGGAGAAGGGUGUCAAUCUAAAAAAGAAGCAGCUUACUUCAACCUGCUUACAACCCUUGGAAGUCAUGAUUCAGUUGGAAGGAUCUGGAAACUGGCCAAAGGAUGACAUAGCCCUGGAAAAGACAAAAUCUGCAUUCCUUCUAAAAAUUGGAGAAAGUCUUCAGAAUUUGUGGGGAAUGACAUGUAAUGCCACUGAGGAGGAUGUGGUUGUUUUUACUUCUGGAUAUGCGUUUAGUCUAAGAAUUUUACAUGAGAGAGGUCUGAGGCAAGCUGGAAGCAAUCAAACCAGGCACGUGCCUUCCACAGACAGCUCUCUUUAUAUUCGUGGCCAACAUUCUAGCAUGAUUAAUGGCCUACAAGGUCUUUACCCUAUAUUUGGUCCAGUUGUUCGGCUUGCAAAACGGUGGGUAGCUGCUCAUCUCUUUUCGUCACUGUUGAGGGAAGAAGUGGUUGAGCUGUUAGUUGCUCAUCUUUUCCUGAAGCCUAUGCCAUUUUGUGCUCCGGGCUCAAGAAUUACUGGGUUAUUGAGGUUUUUAAGAUUAUUAUCAGAAUAUGACUGGACAUUCUCUCCUCUAAUUAUUGAUAUCAAUGGUGAUUUGACACCUCAGGAUGAAAAAGAAAUUAAUGACAAUUUUAUGGUAAACCGUAAAUCCAAUGAAGAAAAGCCGGGAAUUAUGAGUCCAUCAAUGUUCUUGGCUACUUCUUAUGACAAGACAUCAGAAGCUUGGACAAGAUUAUCACCGACCACAACAGAGCUUAAACGAAUCGCAGCCUAUGCUAGAAGCAGCGCUAGUUACUUGACAAAACUCAUCUCACAAGAUAAUUUUGAUUCCAGUAGAUGGGAGUGCAUUUUCCGGACUCCUUUAAAUAAUUAUGAUGCUGUAGUACUUCUCCACCGGGAUAAAUUGGCUUACCCUCAACGCCUUCUUUUCCCAUCCGAGCUAAACCAAGGGAAACAUGUGGUUUCGGGGAAGCCAAGCAAGAGUUUUCACCCUUUCCUAUUACCUAAAGGGAACUUGGGUAAACUAAAGGAGAAUCUUUUGGUUAACUUUGAUCCUCUGAAAUACUUUAUUGGAGACUUGGAGAAGGAGUUCCCGAACACGUUUAAAGUCUGGUAUGAUUCUAUUGGUGGUGAUGCUGUUGGGCUGAUGUGGGAAAGAUUAGACUCCUCAAAGAAGAGGAAACGCGGGGAUGAAGAAACGGACGAGGAAGAGAAGGAUAUUAUGGAUGUACUGAAAAAUGUAGGCAGCAUCGGAAAAGGAUUUGUGAGAAGUGUUCAUCUCCUCAAGGCUCCAAAACAACAACAGCCUACCAAGUAAAAUUGAAGUUCCUUUAAUAGUGGCAGACAAUUUUGUUAAGGCAUAGGUUCACAUUUAGAAGUUGUUCUUUCCUAAAUUCAUGUAAUAUUGAGACCUGUUUUAUGCUUGAGCAUUUUUUGUAUUUAUUUAAAUGGUCAAUCAUCGAGUUUGUUUAAUUCUAUAGAUACAAAUGAAAAAUCAUAUUUAGUUUUG